AUGUCUCUCGCACGCUUUGGAGGCGCACUUUCACGUCCCAAGUCGCAGGGCGCCUCGCAGGCCAUGCUGUACGCGACUGGCAUGAGCGAGGAUGAUAUGAAUAAGGCCCAGGUCGGCAUCUCAUCAGUGUGGUACUCGGGCAACCCAUGCAAUAUGCACCUGAUGGACCUCAACAACAAGGUCAAAGAGGGUGUGCAGCGGGCUGGUCUCUUGGGCAUGCAGUUCAACACCAUUGGUGUGAGUGACGGCAUUUCCAUGGGCACCAAGGGCAUGCGCUACUCGCUGCAGUCGCGUGAGAUCAUCGCAGACUCGAUUGAGACUGUCAUGGGCGGCCAAUGGUACGAUGCGAACAUUUCCAUCCCCGGAUGCGACAAGAACAUGCCCGGUGUCAUCAUGGCUAUGGGCCGUGUGAACCGGCCCUCGCUGAUGGUCUACGGCGGAACCAUCCAGCCUGGAUGCGCAAAGACUCUCGACAACCAGUCCAUCGACAUCGUCUCUGCCUUCCAGGCCUACGGACAAUUCAUAACUGGAGAGAUCACUGAAGACCAGCGCUUCGAUGUCAUCAGACACGCAUGCAACGGUCAGGGUGCUUGUGGAGGCAUGUACACGGCAAACACAAUGGCUACUGCCAUUGAGACCAUGGGCAUGUCGCUGCCCGGCUCAUCGUCGAACCCCGCCAACUCGCAGGCCAAGAUGCUGGAAUGCCUGGCUGCGGGAGGCGCAAUCAAGAACCUGCUCAAGGAGGACCUGCGCCCCAGCGACAUCCUCACCAGGCAAGCACUCGAGAACGCCAUGGUUGUCAUCAGCAUCACCGGAGGCUCCACCAACGCCGUAUUACACCUGAUCGCCAUCGCCGACUCUGUUGGUCUCAAACUGACCAUCGACGACUUCCAGAGCGUGAGCGACCGGAUUCCGUUGCUCGCUGAUCUCAAGCCCUCUGGCAAGUACGUCAUGGCUGAUGUUCACGACAUCGGGGGUACUCCCGCACUGCUCAAGUUCCUGCUUAAGGAGGGCCUGCUCGACGGCAGCCAGAUGACUGUCACUGGCAAGACCCUAAAGCAGAACUUGGAGAACGUCAAGGACUUCCCCUCCGACCAGAAGAUCAUCCGCCCUCUCAGCGAGCCCCUCAAGACUACCGGCCAUUUGCAAAUUCUCCGUGGUAGUCUCGCACCAGGUGGCUGUGUCGGCAAGAUCACCGGCAAAGAAGGAACCAUCUUCACCGGCAAAGCCAAAUGCUACGAUGCCGAAGACGACUUCAUCAGUGCGCUCGAGCGCGGCGAGAUCAAAAAGGGCGAGAAGACUGUCGUCGUCAUCCGCUACGAAGGCCCCAAGGGCGGGCCCGGCAUGCCUGAAAUGCUCAAGCCCAGCUCCGCCAUCAUGGGCGCAGGUCUCGGCAAGGAUGUCGCACUCAUCACUGACGGGCGCUUCAGCGGUGGUAGCCACGGUUUCUUGAUCGGCCACAUUGUGCCUGAAGCGCAGGAGGGCGGACCGAUCGGUCUUGUCCAGGAUGGCGAUGAGAUCACCAUCGACUCUGAGUCGAAUGAACUUAACAUUGGCGUGAGCGAGCAGGAGUUGGCGGAGCGCAGGAAGAGCUGGAAGGCGCCGGCGCUGAAGUAUCAAAAGGGCACGCUGUUCAAGUAUGCGCGGUUCGUCAAGGACGCCAGCUCGGGAUGCGUGACGGACUCGGCAUAA